AGGGGCGUGGCGACAGCAGGCCCCUCCCCCCUAUAUGAGGUUCGCUGCGGCGGGGAUUGCCGCAGCCGCAGCUUCGCACCGAGCUCCGCCGUACCGAGCAACCGGGACAGCCCGGGCCCGCAACCGCAGCAUGCGCGAGUGCAUCUCCGUCCACGUCGGCCAGGCCGGCGUCCAGAUGGGCAACACCUGCUGGGAGCUGUACUGCCUGGAGCACGGCAUCCAGCCCGACGGGCAGAUGCCCAGUGACAAGACCAUCGGUGGAGGGGACGACUCCUUCACCACCUUCUUCUGCGAGACUGGUGCUGGGAAGCACGUCCCACGGGCCAUCUUUGUGGACCUGGAGCCCACUGUGAUCGAUGAGGUGCGGGCUGGGAUCUACCGGCAGCUCUUCCACCCUGAGCAACUCAUCACUGGCAAGGAGGAUGCUGCCAACAACUAUGCCCGUGGGCACUACACCAUCGGCAAGGAGAUCAUCGACCAAGUGCUGGACAGGAUCCGGAAGCUGGCUGACCAGUGCACCGGCCUUCAAGGCUUCCUUGUUUUCCACAGUUUUGGAGGUGGCACUGGCUCAGGAUUCACCUCCCUGCUGAUGGAACGACUCUCCGUUGACUAUGGCAAGAAGUCCAAGCUUGAGUUCUCCAUCUACCCAGCCCCACAGGUCUCCACUGCCGUGGUGGAGCCCUACAAUUCCAUCCUCACCACUCACACCACCCUGGAGCACUCGGACUGUGCCUUCAUGGUGGACAACGAGGCCAUCUAUGACAUCUGCCGCAGGAACCUGGACAUCGAGCGCCCAACUUACACCAACCUCAACCGCCUCAUCAGCCAGAUUGUCUCCUCCAUCACUGCCUCUCUGAGGUUCGAUGGAGCACUCAAUGUCGACCUCACUGAGUUCCAGACCAACCUGGUGCCCUACCCUCGCAUCCACUUCCCCCUGGCUACCUACGCCCCUGUCAUCUCUGCAGAAAAAGCCUAUCACGAGCAGCUGUCGGUGGCUGAGAUCACCAACUCGUGCUUCGAGCCAGCCAACCAGAUGGUGAAGUGUGACCCUCGGCACGGCAAGUACAUGGCGUGCUGCCUGCUGUACCGCGGGGACGUGGUGCCCAAGGACGUCAACGCCGCCAUCGCCACCAUCAAGACCAAGCGCAGCAUCCAGUUUGUGGACUGGUGCCCAACCGGUUUCAAGGUGGGCAUCAACUACCAGCCGCCCACGGUGGUGCCGGGGGGAGACCUGGCCAAGGUGCAGCGCGCCGUCUGCAUGCUGAGCAACACCACGGCCAUCGCCGAGGCCUGGGCGCGCCUGGACCACAAGUUCGACCUGAUGUACGCCAAGCGCGCCUUCGUGCACUGGUACGUGGGCGAGGGCAUGGAGGAGGGGGAGUUCUCCGAGGCGCGGGAGGACAUGGCCGCCCUGGAGAAGGAUUACGAGGAGGUGGGCCUGGACUCCUACGAGGAUGAAGAGGAGGGCGAGGAGUAGAGCGGUCGCCUGGCAGAGGACCUUGCUGCUUUUCCCGUGUCACCUGCGGAAACCCUUUGCAAUAAAUCAUUUGAGAACCUCCGUGUCUCCCAGUGACCCCCCAGCUGUGCUGGUUUCUUGCCAGGUCAGGUGUGUGGUGCAUGCUUCAGUGCUGCUGCUGCUGCUGCUAUGCUUCCUCCCUGCGUGCUCUGCUCCUGCUCCAGCUCCAGCUUGCUCCUCGCACAGGUAAGAGACCCUGGGACUGCAGUGCUCAUCCCACACUGCUCACCAUCCAGGCAGGGUGGGUACUGCCUCCUCAUGUGGACAACCCUGCAACCUUCUUGGAGUCCUGAGGAGCAGAUUCAGCCUGAGCAGGGAAAACUGUGGCUGCUGAAACAUCUUCAUGUGUACAGCCAGUUGGGUAGGUGGGCUUAUCAGAAAGAUGAGUGCUUGGAGCAUUGGGAAAAGCCCAGGGCAUGUCCCAGCUCUGCAGUGCAGUGGAUGCACAUUGUGAGGGCAUCUGGCGUGGCAUGGAUCCCUGUGGCUGUUUUACUACUGUGUUGUGGUGAGAGGAUUAAAGGAGGGGAAUGCUCCCUUUGAAACCA